CCAGCCCCCCGCCGCCCGUAGCACCCCCCCGCCGCCGCCGGCGGCAUGGCUCGGAGCGGCAGCAGCAGCGGCGCCAGCCCGUGCGACCUGGACAAGGAGUUCGCCCCCCAGAUCGCCCAGCUCCUCGCCGCCCCUUCUCCCCAGUCCGCCCAGGAAUACUACGAGGACCUCAUACAGUCUAAGAAACAUGACGGCAUAAGAGUCAACUACAAAGGUGAUCAUGGGAAAGGUGUUUGUGCAAACAAGGAUUUUGCUGAAGGAGACCUUAUUCUGAAGGAUCAAAUAUUGGUUGGUGCACAACACAGUCUUAACAAGAUUGACUGCGUCGUGUGUAGUUACUGCUUCCGCUUCAUUGGUUCUGUAGAGUUCCAGAUUGGACAUCGACUGUAUUUUCAAAGCAUUGCUUCAAGCAUUGGCUGCAGCAGUGAGAGGCACUGUCAUGGAAGUGAUGUGGGAUCAAGCACUUGCUCUUCUGGUGCAACAAAGGAAAAGAGUAGUACUUUGCCAGAAGAGGUCAUAGAAUCACUUAUAACUGGCGAUGUGUCACUGCCUUUCUCAGACCACUUCCCUUUACCAGAAAUUGUUGCUUGUCAAGGAUGCGAGGAAGAACGCUACUGCAGCCAAUCAUGUGCAGAUUCUGACUGGGAAUCCUACCACUCUUUGCUCUGUGCUGGCCCCAACACUGAACCACCCCGAAGAUCUGCUCUUCACAAAUUUGUAGAGCAUGCUAAUGAAACCAAUGAUAUUUUCUUGGUUGCCGCCAAGGCUAUCACUUUCACCAUGUUGAGGUACAAGAAACUCAAAAGACAGAACGACUUCCAAAACAAAUCACCUGAAUCAAACUUUUCUUUGCUUAUGGAAGCCUGGAAACCACUUUCCAUGGGCUUCAAAAAGAGAUGGUGGGAUUAUGUUGCUUUGCCUGAGGAUGUUGAUGCUUCCGAUGAAGAUUCAUUUAGGCAGGAAAUAAGGGAUCUAGCAUUUACGUCACUACAGCUUCUCAAGGAUGCGAUCUUCGAUGCUGAAUGUGCACCAUUGUUUUCCCUUGAGGUGUAUGGCCAUAUAAUUGGCAUGUUUGAGCUGAACAAUCUUGAUUUGGUCGUCGCAUCGCCUGUUGAAGACUAUUUCAUACACAUUGAUGAUCUUCCAGAUGAUAAGAAGGAGGAAGCUGAAAAGGCGACAGCGCCAUUGCUAGAUGCUUUAGAUGAUGACUAUGCACUUCCUUGUGAUGGGACGGCGUUCUUUCCUCUUCAAAGCUGUAUGAACCACUCAUGCUGUCCAAAUGCUAAAGCAUUUAAAAGGGAUGAGGAUAAUGACGGUCACGCCGUGAUAAUCGCUCUGGGGCCUAUCAGCAAGGGCGAAGAGAUCACCAUCUCCUACAUCGACGAGGAUCUUCCGUACGAGGAGCGGCAGGCGGAGCUCGCAGACUACGGGUUCACGUGUACCUGCUCCAAGUGCCAGGAGGAAAAGCCCAACUGAGCAGCAAGGCGGACUGGACUUGCUGCAAAUUUUGGUCGUUGUUAGUCGUCGGCGGGCAUUGUGCUUGUAGUUUAUGCUACUGGGUACUUUUGACAAGUUCAAAAUGUAAGGGUAAGAUUAUGCAGAAAGGAUGAGGUUGUGACAUUCUGACUUCAGUGGGCGCUGGAUUAAUUAUGCUUUGUCCAUGUCUGAAACUUCUACUGAAACUGUCAGAAUA